AUUAACUGCCCAGGAAUCCAGAAUGAGAAUAAAGAAAAAGUGCAUUUCAACGAGCUAAAUUCAGUACAGAUAAUGCUGUGCUUUGAAUGAGCACCCGACCUUGCAGAAAAACAACACGAACGUUUGAUCGAAACUCGCUUGGGGAGGUUCCUCUAGUUCCCCGUCAUUGAGGUUCGGGACCUCAGCGUGAUUCCUGAUGUUUUUGAAAAUGGUAGUUGUGUGCUCAAGAUCCUGGAAACUGGCUUGUUGGUGAGAGUUCUGGUGCCCGUCUGGUUCCAUGGCACUGAGGUACCAGCGCCGCUUAUGGCGCUAUGUGGAACGCGGCCGCCGUCACAAGUUGCACAGGCUCCUGCGGCAUCACAGAGACGUCUUGGACCUGGGCGAAAGGAAGGGACACAAAAACCACACACCCUUGCACCGAUGCUGUGCCCUCCUGGACCGCAAAGCUGCCGCCCUUUUGCUGAAGUACGGGGCAGACCCCUCUCUCCCGGACCACCAGGGAGACACAGCUCUGCAUUUGGCUGCCCGGCAAGUGGCACGUGGAGGAGAUCAUGCCUAUGAAGAUCUGUUCGUACCUUUGCGAAUCAACUGUCCAUCUGCCAUGAGCAUCAAGAACAGAGCUGGGAAGACCCCGGGGGACCUCUUGAACACAGCAGCGGAAGAGAAAUGGUGCCCUGAGGCAACACUUGAGGAAAAUGAGGCAGAAACUGAGGCUGAGAGAGAAUGGCGAUGCAAACUUCUCAACGAAUGUGAGGACGAGUUUCAAGAGACCCCAUGGCAGCAUGAAGAAGAUUUCUCUACUGGUCCCAACUCAGAAACGUUCGAGGAAUGGACUGAACGCAUACGCCGAGAAUACGGGCAGAAACGUAGGCAAGAAGAGGAACAGCGUUACCGGAGGCCUAAAAAAGAAACUACAAAGCCUUCCGUUCAACUCCAGCGCUUGGAGCAAGAACACCUGGAGUACCUAAAGCGUGCCCAAGCCAAGGAGGAAGAGAUUCAGGCAGGCAAGAGAAGGCGUUACGAGGAAGGAUGCAGCCGUGUCUUCUCCUCCUCAGACAGUUCACAUUCAUUGUGUUACAAGGACAUUCCCUGGCCUAGCUUGACUGGGACUCCUGAGGAAAUGGCCGCGGCAGCCCUUCGUGGUGUAGAUCCUUCAGACAGAGGUGCUUAUCGGCGCUUCCUUCGGCGUCAGCAGGCUUUGUGGCAUCCGGAUAAGUUUGCACAACGUUGCGGCACACGCUUGGCCGAACAGGAUCGCCGUUGGAUCUUGGACACUGUCACAGCGUUGUCCCAAGCUUUCAAUCGCUUGGCUGAAGCAGCCAAAUAAACCUGGCUGCUUGUCGACAUCAGUAUUUCUCGGCCUCGGGU